CUAGCACAUGAUGAGAGUCAGCCAAUGGCUCCUUAGCUAUCCUCGGGGGCCCCGUGUGUAUGUGUGUGUUUCACAAAAAAGAGAGAAACGGGGAAAGAAAACCCAGGCUGCUGUGUGACCAGAUCUGAACACGGGGUCAGUCGCACGUCUGAGCCUAAGGAUUGUUCGUCAGCAGUCUUCAUACUAUAAUACGUUGGAAUUCUACACGAAUGCUUUACUAUGGUGACUAACCAAUGGGAUUGUGAAUUCUGAAAGGAAUUUCUUGGGAUUAAUUCACAGCGGAGCAGUUCCAUUCAUGUGUCGAGCGCUGCUUUAAAAGGAAAAUUUUUAAGGUGUUCCAAAGUCCAGAAACAAAGCGGAAGCGCAGAGUGAUCGAUCUCUGCUGUUUAUUAGUCGGUUACAGGCUACAUUCGCGUAGUUUUUUCAGUCGCUGGUGCAAAUACUUAUAACAUCGCUUGAGAAUCGCGGUUAAUGCUUUAUGCAGUUUUGUGUGUAAUAGCUGGAGUACAAAGAAGUUUUCUGUUGUCCCAGGGAAUAGAAUAUUAUGUUUUAUGCAUUUUGAUUUCAAUGUGGUAUUGCAUUUUGGGACGCUUUUCCUUUUAAAUGCCGUUUAUUAUUUUAGCUCCUAAUCUAAUGUUGCUGUUUGGCCGCAAAUAUACAGCAUUCGGCUGUGCAUGCACUGCACGGCAUUUACAAACCAUUUAUGUUGUACGACGACCAUAAAAGAAUUUGUAAUUCACUCCGAUCUGAACAAGAAUACAAACUCUAGAUUUAUAAAUUGUCGUAUGUUCAGGUCGAAACGCUCAGGUCUUGUGCGGCGACUCUGGAGAAGCCGUUUGAUUCCAGAUAGACAGGGGGGCGAUGGAAGUAGCAAAACCAGCGAAGGGAGUCGGAACGAACUGUGCGGCAAUAACCCAGAAAAGAUUUCCAAAACGGAGCUCAGACCGGUGACCCGAGGAGGUUCGACUGUGGAGAACCUUCAGGAAGUAUGCACCAGAUAUCCAUCAGAGAGUGGCGGCUCGGGGGACAUUUUGGACCAAGAUGGGGGUGCCAUGUGUCUCAUGGAAGAGGGAAGUCCCAGAUCGGCACCGGAGAAUGAAUACAGAACGGUGACGUGCUGUUUGUUCAAAGACCGGGAACACUCGGAACCCAGAACGCCAGAUACGGCUCGGGGUAAAGAACCUGCUUCAUGCCAAUUCAUGCUGAGGAACCACGGCUCUCAGGACGCCGCUUCUCCGGGAGCACUGGAGGCAAAGCAGCGCUCUGUCAUUGAGCAGGAACUUAAAACCGCCACCUAUUCCUUGUUUAAAAGGCUAAAGGGAAAGCCGCUGGAUACCCUUUUGGAGGCCGUGGAAUCUAAAGGGGGGAUGCCAAGCGAUUGUGUUAUGGUAUCGCGGACAGAGCUGCGGCUGGGUGGCCAUAUGGCACCACCUCAGCUGCUUCUCUGUAAGCUUUACCGUUGGUCCGACCUUCAGCACACGGCCCAACUCAAACCACUUUGCGAGUGCCAGAGCUAUGGGGCUUCGGAUAGUCCGACGGUGUGCUGCAAUCCCUACCAUUACAGCCGACUGUGUGGCCCAGAGUCGCCUCCACCCCCCUACUCCAGGCUGUCCCCCACUGAAGAGAUCAAGCCACUGGAUCUGUCCGAUUCAACAUUGUCUUACACUGAAAGAGAGGCUGCCUGCUCCCCCUAUGUCUUGCCGGGCGACUUCUCAGACGCCAGCAUGUCUCCAGAAGCCCCGAAGCAGAGCCACUGGUGCAGUGUGGCGUACUGGGAGCACCGGACGCGGGUGGGUCGCCUCUACGCAGUGUACAAGCACUCCGUCAGCAUCUUCUACGAUCUACCUCAGGGUACGGGCUUCUGCCUGGGUCAGCUGAACCUGGAGCAGUGCAGCAGCAGCGUCCGCCGCACGCGCGGCAAGAUCGGCUACGGCAUCCUGCUGAGCAAGGAGGCGGACGGCGUGUGGGCCUACAACCGCAGCGAGCACCCCAUCUUCGUCAACUCGCCCACGCUGGACGCGCCCGGCUGCCGCAGCCUCGUCGUUCGCAAGGUGAUGCCCGGCUUCUCCAUCAAGGUCUUCGACUACGACAGGUCGUGCCUCCUGCAGGGGGCGGUGGAGCCGGGCUGCCUGGACGGGCCGUUCGACCCCCACAGCGUGCGCAUCAGCUUCGCUAAGGGCUGGGGGGCCUGCUACUCGCGGCAGUUCAUCACCUCCUGCCCCUGCUGGCUGGAGAUCCUGCUCAACAACCACAGAUAACAGCCACAGCCGGCUCACCGCAAACUAUCCCAAAUAUCACCUACCUAGAUUUAAUAUAAAGUUUUAUAUAUUAUAUGAAAAAUAUAUUAUACUUGUAAAUAACGGAGUCAUUUUUACAAUGUAAUUAUUUAUGUAUGGUGCAAUGUGUAUAUGGAACAGAGGAAAACGGAAACCAGAAAAUGCACUUUGGAUUUUAUAUAGAUAUAUAUGUAUGUAUAUACAUAUAUGUAUGCGUGUGUGUGAGUGUGUGUAUGUAUGUAUAUAUGUGUGUGUGUGCGUGUGUGUAUGAAUGCAUUUACACACACAUACAGAAUCUUUCAAUACCAAUUUGAAAAGUUAUGCAGCAACAAUUAAAUGACCCAGAUUUUUGGUGUACGGUUUUCAUAUAUCAAUACCCAGACAAAAAGCUAACGCCAUUCACACAUUGAUAAUAAAGUAUUCGCAUUAUGUUUC